CGCAGACUGCUACACUAAAAACCUACCGCUGAACUCCAGCCGCCUCGCUUACAGCAUGGAAAGGAAAGUUCUUGCACUGCAGGCGAGGAAGAAAAGGACAAAGACAAAGAAACCCGGCAAAAAGCCAGACCCUGCGUCCCAGCAGAAUGACUCUCCUCUCCCAGACCAGGAUGAGGAGAUACUGGGCUCUGACGAUGAGGAGCAGGAAGACCCCAAUGACUACUGUAGAGGAGGUUACCACCAUGUGAAGAUAGGAGACCUGUUCAAUGGUAGAUACCAUGUGAUCAGGAAGCUGGGCUGGGGGCAUUUCUCCACUGUGUGGUUGGCCUGGGACAUACAAGGGAAGUGUUUUGUGGCCAUGAAGGUGGUGAAGAGUGCAGAGCAUUACACUGAGACAGCCCUGGAUGAGAUCACGCUGCUGAGAUCAGUCAGGAACACGGACCAGAAGGACCCCAGCAGGGAGAGGGUAGUUCAGUUACUGGAUGACUUCAAGAUCUCUGGCAUGAACGGAACUCAUGUCUGUAUGGUGUUUGAGGUUCUGGGUCAUCACCUGCUGAAGUGGAUCAUCAAGUCUAACUACCAGGGCCUUCCUCUGCCCUGCGUCAAGAGCAUCAUACGACAGGUUCUCCAGGGCCUGGACUACCUUCACUCCAAGUGUAAGAUCAUCCAUACAGACAUCAAGCCAGAGAACAUCCUGUUGACGGUCAACGAGCCCUACAUCAAGAAGAUGGCUGCCGAGGCAACAGAAUGGCAGAGGACUGGAGCUCCACCCCCCUCCGGUUCCGCAGUGAGCACAGCUCCAGCACCCAAACCAACGGUGAAGAUGUCUAAGAACAAGAAGAAGAAGAUGAAGAAGAAACAGAAGAAGCAGGCAGAGAUGUUAGAGAAGAGGAUUCAGGAGAUGGAGGGAGCACCGGAAGGAGGAGAGGAAGAGGAGGAGGGGGAGGACGAGACCACUGCAGACACCCCCCCGCCCUCGUCUGACACGCUACAGGACAUAGCUAAUGAUUUCACAGCAGGUCCAGAUAAACCGGAAGAGAAGGAGGAAGGAGGAGAGCAGGAUGGAGGUGACCUGCAACGGCCACGCAGUGGAAGACACUGCAAGCCAGGAGGUACAGAGGACCGAGGAAGAAGAGGAGAAAGACGAAGAGGACCAACAGAAGCCAACAAACUCAACGCCAGCAGGGAGGGUCGUGACCUGCCGGUCAAUGCAACUUACCCAGAGUACAACGGCAAAGGUCCCGGUGACCCACACGAUCCUGGUACAGACGAUAAAGUAGCAGCAGGUAGUCUGUUGGUCAAUCCUCUGGAACCUCUCAAUGCAGACAAGAUCCAAAUCAAAAUCGCUGACCUGGGGAACGCCUGCUGGGUGCACAAACACUUUACAGAUGACAUACAAACUCGUCAGUACCGUUCUCUGGAGGUGUUGAUGGGAGCGGGCUACGGGACGCCUGCUGAUAUCUGGAGUACUGCUGCUAUGGCCUUUGAGCUGGCUACAGGGGACUACCUGUUUGAGCCUCACUCUGGACAGGACUACACCAGAGAUGAAGACCACAUCGCGCUGAUCAUUGAGCUGCUGGGUAAAGUUCCUAGGAAGCUGAUCCUAGCAGGAAAAUACUCCAAGGAAUUCUUCACCAAGAAAGGGGACCUCCGGCACAUCACCAAGCUGAAGCCGUGGGGUCUGUUGGAGGUGUUGGUAGAGAAGUAUGAGUGGUCUAAAGAGGAGGCAGCUACCUUCUCCAGCUUCCUGCUCCCAAUGUUAGACCUGGUACCAGAGAAGAGAGCCACGCCUGCGGAGUGCCUCCGACACGCAUGGAUCGCCCCUUAGAGGAUCCCCGGCGUUACCACAGCCACAAGCAGCACAUAUGCAGUACAUACAGACAGACGUGUACAUAAACACACAUUGAAACAUACGUAAACACACACCUCAACGGAGAGCCAGGGCUUUUCACUAUGACUGCAUCUCCACCUGGUGGUUCAACACACACCUCAACGGAGAGCCAGGGCUUUUCACUAUGACUGCAUCUCCACCUAGUGGUUCAACACACACCUCAACGGAGAGCCAGGGCUUUUCACUAUGACUGCAUCUCCACCUAGUGGUUCAACACACACACGGCUGAACACCCUCGUGUCCGAGGUAUAAUCCAGGAGAACUCUUAUCUGUUCGUCUGUUAUUUGGUUCCAUUGUUUCAACUGACUGGAUAUCACUUGAGUAUCAAUGUCUUUUCUCUCUGUACCAACAAUGACACCUAGGUAACUCUCUUUUUGUUCUGAGAAUAUCCUGUCUUUUUUUUUAGUUUUUUGUCUUGUUUGAUUGAAUACACACCUGUCAAGAGUUAAGAUCAAACCUUACAGACCUCCAAUGGAUCAUAUCUCCAGAACACCAACUGUCUGUACCACUAGACUAGCACAUCAGAAUUGUUUUUGUUUUUUAUGUACAGUAUUGGUAGAGGUUAGUUUGGAUCUUUAUUUUGUGUUUGUGGGGAAGAGUAGCUGCCUAGAAUACAAUAAAGAAGGUUUGGACUGUCAUAGAUUCUAAGGAUUCUCCAUGGAGUCUUCCUGAACUGGGAACCGAUGUGAAUGAACUGAAACUUACUGAACGGAAUGGAACCGUCUGGUUCCGUAAGAUCAUCCCUGUCCUUCGUUGUCACGCUCCAGGUAGCAGCUUUGUAAUAGCACUUCGCACAAUGUGGGGAUAGUACCAUGAACCAAAUGUCAUUUACUACUUUCUGUUACCUGCAUGGGUCCACAGACCACGACUAAUGCUACUGAAUAACCAUGUUUCAUAUGUUCUCUCCUGUGGUGUUUAACGUUCCAGACAAGGUUUGCCUCAGAAAGAAAAGAGAGAAAAAAUAUUUGGGUGUUAGCUAGAUGGUGUGAUACAAUAUCACGAGAAUGUUCCACUUUCACAAUAUGAUCAGAAUAGGAGUACUACUGUAUCUGAUUCAAGAACAUCCGAUUUUUUUUAUUUUCUAUUCAGAAGGUCGUGGUUGCCUUCCAAAAAUGUCCACCCUGUUCCCUAUAAAGUUAGGAACAGGGUGCCAUUUUGAGCGGACCCCUGUGCUGUACAUAUCUGCUCAAAACGUUGACCUUGGUUCAGUGCUUUCCCUCUACAGAACAGCUGCUGUUUCAACGGUGUACGUUUACACCGUUGAGAGGAUGCUGCCCACGUCCCAAAUGGCACCCUAUUCCCUACAUAGUGCACUACUUUUGACCAGAUUCUUAAGGGCCCAGUUCAAAAGUGGUGCACUAUAUAGGGAAUAGGGUGCCACUUGCGUCGUUUAGGAUGUCAACUGAUGCCUUGAGACGCAUUUGCUAGUUUUUUGCUGCAUUUUAAAGCAUAUUUUCAAACUGAUGUUGCCCUGCUUGCAGUGGUCUGCUGUUUUAACUGCAUCAAAGAGAAACUAAAUUGUGGAUUGUAAUGAUAAUGAGGCUGCAAUAAGGCUUUGAAGGCUCCUCCCCUGUUGCUCUUUUUCUACAAGCCUCUCUCCCUUCUCUCUUUCCCUGACCGCUCUUCCUCUGCCUUUGAUUGUUUACUGCUAAAUCGAGCCUCUUUUCUGUACUUAAUAAAAAAAUGAACAUUUUGAAAAUGGC